AUGUGGGAAUCUCAACUGAUUUCGACCAAACUCUAUAGAAAUUCUGUUUUCAAUUUCAAAUUAAACUCGCACAAAUUUAAUAGCGCUUCAAAUUUUCGAUCUUCGGCAAAAAUGUCGAUAUUUGGUACUAAAUUUUAUGAAAUAUGGCCAAAGGCUAAAUCAGAAAUACUACUUACCGAGUUUGGAAAGAAGCUGCUGAAGGAAUGCCAAACUAUUGAUAUACCCGAAAAACAAAGGGUCGACAUUGAGGCAUUCAAAGUGAAAUCAUUAAACUUUCCUUUGGAGUUUGGCACAAAUAAUUGCCGGGUAAUGAGCCAACCCAAGGAUCGCUACAACAAUAUAGAGAAACAAAUUUCAUCAGCUUAUCCGGUGAUUCAUGAACGAGUUUUGCAAUUAUACUUACAAUUCUUGGAACACAAAUGUUGUUAUGGUUAUCCCAAGGAAAAAGAACUUUAUGCCAAUCUUUCGCUUGAAGAUUUUGUUCAGCGUUUACUAAGCAAGCGUUGUGCUUCAUUUGUGGGUCGCAUGGAUGCAUAUCUGCUGCUCACGGGUGAGACAGGUUCCGGCCACACUUACGACACUAUUGGCACAAACUGCGAAAAAACACCUUUGCUUCUAAAAGACUGUCUAUCGUACGAUGAGGUUAAGCUUUCAGCAUUCCUAUCGGUUUCAUCCUAUACUGAGCUUCUAAAUGACGGCAAUCGACAGAAUCGUGGUAAACUUGAGGUCGAUUUCAGCAAAAUAGAACGUGAAGGCGUGGUCAUUGGUUUAAUUGGAGCCAGAUUUCAAAGACCUUUCGUUAUGGAAUUCCAAGAUAUCGUCAUUAGUCCCGAACAAAAUGUAGGCACAAAGGGCUAUGGUCAGAAAAAAGAUGGUAUUCCUAAUAAAUCUGAGGAGGGUAUUCGUCAAUUGUGGCAAACAUUUUAUGAAGAGCCCAGUUUUUUGCAUAGCGACGUGGAGAAAGACCAUAAAAGAUUUGGAGAUGUUUCCAGACUAAGAUCUGCGGACAUUUUUGACAAUGUUGUGAUGAAAAAACGCUUUUCCAUAUCUUUUGAUACUCUCCUAAUUGAGGCUCAAGCAAGAGCUUUUAAAUUUAAUAAACAGGCAUAUGUCCAUAUUGUAGGAAUUGGCUUGGGAACUUGGUGUAUAACCGAGCAACAGACGCCCAUAUUCUUUGAGACAUUCUCUCAACGCAUUAAUUAUCUUUUACCCAAACUAAAUAAUAUAGGUGCAUUGCAUUUUUCUUGGUUUGGUUUGGAUGAAUGGGGUGACUUGAAACAUAAUGGAUUUAUAAAAUCCAGUACUCAUCCUCGCGGUGGUAUUAUAACAUUAAUGGCCAAUCGCAAUCCGGCUGAUAGGCUUCAAGGUACACAAUUUGAAGAUAUGCUUUUAGUGAUUUCCUAUGCUUGGGAUGGAAAUGCAUUGCCGGGCAAUGAAUUUUGGUUUAAAAACUUGGCUGGUUCCAAUGAUUCCUCAACUGCAUGUAGUACUUUGAUUUCGGAGCUACAUAAUCCUCACAUUAAUAAUGAUUGGGUGUGCAGUAAAAAUCUUCAUAUAGCAAGUAUUGAUCACGGUAUUAUACACAUAAGUGAUUACGCAAAGAUAAUGGUUUAAGUCCUUCACAAAAAUUUAUCUUUUAAUUUGAUUUAAUUUGUGCUUAAAGCGUUUUUAAUGUUUUGAAUAAAGUGUUUUAUGUU